AUGGCCAUUCUAAACAGACCUUCUGCUCUUAAUGCUAUCACCGCCUCCAUGGCCGCUCGAUUAAACAGAUUAUACGAGUCGUGGGAGGAGAACUCGACUAUAGGAUUUGUCAUGAUGAAGGGGGGCGGUGAAUGGCCAUUCUGCUCUGGCACAGAUGUGGUUGCUCUUUAUCGGAUGCUCAAUGAAGGGAAGACUGAAGAAUGCAAAGCAUUGUUCCAGAGUUUGUACAAGUUUGUCUAUGUUAUGGGAACAUAUCUUAAGCCACACGUGGCUAUAAUGGAUGGUAUUGUAAUGGGAGGCGGGGCAGGUAUUUCGCUACCCGGGAUGUUUCGAGUUGUAUCUGAUAGAACUGUCUUCUCGACUCCGGAGGUUCAAAUAGGUUUUCAUCCUGAUGCAGGGGCCUCGUAUUAUCUCUCUCGUCUGCCUGGCUAUUUAGGUGAAUAUUUAGCUCUAACUGGAGAAAAACUAAACGGGGUUGAAAUGAUGGCAUGCGGUCUUGCUACACACUACUCAUUGAAGGAAUCUAAUCCGUGUUAUCAGACAACGUUUGAGAUAUGGCAGUGUCUCCAAGUGCAGCUUUAG